AUGGAUGGACUUGGAGGAUAUGACGCCAAGUGCGAUAAGCCAGAGGAAGACAAAUACCCGCCGCCGCCCGCGCCCCCCGAGCUGCCCGCGGGCCCGGAGGGGGCGGCGGCCGGGGACCCCGGGGCGGGGGCGGGGGCGGGGGCGGGGGCGGCGGGCCGGGGCGUCCCCGCGGAGCCCGAGGGCGAGCCGCCCGAGACGCGCUCGGUGUGCAGCAGCCGCAGCAGCAGCAGCGGCGGGGGCGAGCGGCGCGCGGGGCUCCCGCACCAGCACCACCAGCCCAUCUGCAAGAUCUGCUUCCAGGGCGCCGAGCAGGGGGAGUUGUUAAAUCCCUGCCGAUGUGAUGGGUCAGUUCGGUACACGCAUCAGCUGUGUCUGCUAAAGUGGAUCAGUGAGAGAGGUUCCUGGACCUGCGAGCUCUGCUGUUACAGAUACCAUGUCAUAGCCAUUAAAAUGAAACAACCUUGCCAGUGGCAAAGCAUUUCUAUAACACUGGUUGAGAAAGUUCAGAUGAUUGCUGUAAUCCUAGGAUCCCUGUUCUUAAUAGCGAGUGUGACCUGGCUCCUCUGGUCAGCGUUCAGCCCCUAUGCAGUGUGGCAGAGGAAGGACAUCCUUUUUCAAAUCUGCUAUGGAAUGUAUGGUUUUAUGGAUCUAGUGUGCAUAGGUCUCAUUGUCCACGAAGGAGCUGCAGUUUACAGAGUAUUUAAGCGCUGGCGAGCUGUUAACUUACACUGGGAUGUAUUAAAUUAUGAUAAAGCCACAGACAUCGAAGAAAGUAGCCGGGGAGAGUCUUCCACAAGCAGGACUUUAUGGUUGCCAUUGACGGCUCUACGGAACAGGAACUUGGUCCACCCAACCCAGUUGACCUCCCCGAGGUUUCAGUGUGGCUAUGUGUUAUUGCAUCUGUUCAAUCGGAUGAGGCCCCGUGAAGAUUUGUCAGAAGAUAAUAGCUCAGGGGAGGUUGUGAUGAGAGUGACUUCUGUGUGACAAAAGUGUAAGGCGGCUUGGUGUAGACCACCCUGCACAUGUUGGAAUGUAAUUGCAAUGAAUGGCGAAACCAUAGCACUUCUAAAAACAUACAUCUAUGAACUUUUUAAAAUUUAUGCUUUUUAUAUGAACAUUUGAAUUGCAAAUACAUUUUUCUGAAAAAAA